CUAGAAUAGUGAAUAAGCCUUAUCCUGUGGUCGUCCUAGUUAUUUGUGGAAUAUAUUUGCAUAAGAGAAAUAGUGGUGCGCUGCAAAACGGGGACUUCAAUCUAAUCUACGAUGAUCAAACGUGCACAAGAAGCGUGCAUUGUUUUAUAGCCGUUGGCACUAAUUUGUUGGAUCGCGUGACUGACUGAGCCCCGUGUGAGAGCUGCCACUAAUCACAUCGACUCACUCCACAAGAAUUCAACAUGACCGGUGCGUGGCGGUCGCCAACGUAGUGUUCAAGAAACAAAGUGUUCCAAUAUUUCCAACCAGAAGGCAAGGUUCAAAGCAGUGAAAGCAUUGUGUUCGUGGAAAAGUGCGUGUAGCGCGGUGUGAUUCUACGUUUCCCGGUGCCAUCAUUAUCAUCGGCUACGUAUGUGCAUAAUGCCAAGCACCGAAGGACAACGGUUCCCAGCCUGUUGAGAGCCAAUACUAUAAAAAGACAAUCACCAUCCAUCCAUCCGGUCCGGUUAGAUUCAUUGAUCCCCCAUCGAGGACAGCUCCGGCAAACGGCAGGCAGAGACAUCGAUGGUGCGAUAGAGGCUGUCAAAGUGUAGAAACAGUAGCAACACCAAGCAAGCACCGGGCCACAGAGGACGUCGAAUCGACUACGACGGACGGAUAAUCGUUUAAGUGGAUUUAUUAUGAUUUGAAUAGAGGAUUCUCAAAGUGAAUCGUUUUAAAAGAUGAACAUGAAAGCAAUACACUGCUCGCUGAUGGCGGCGCUGGCGCUGAAGCUCGCCGGACUGUGCAUUAGCUGCAAAAUAUCGGAGUAUCCUUGCAAGGGUGGAGCGUUUUGUGUGCCACUGGAUAAGUUCUGUGACGGAAAGGACGACUGUGGAGAUGGCAGUGAUGAACCGAAAAUGUGUACAGUUUGCAACCGAACGUACUACGGCGAUAUAGGGCGAACGUAUUCAUUAACGGUACCGCCACCUCAAUGGAACCGACUGCCAUUCCUGUGCCAUCUGACGUUCACGGCUUCCGGAAACGAGCAGGGCGAUAUAGUGCAGCAACUGUUUCAACGCAGUAUAGAGCUAAGUAUCCAGUUUUCCUCCAGCGGUAAUGGCCGCCAACUUGCAUGUGUUUCAGAUUUGACGAUUGCACCCAAUGCAGCUAACUGCGGUUCACGUCAGCAAGGUUACAAAGGCAACAAGGUUGAAGUUGCUCCUUGGUCGGUAAUAGUAAAAGCCGUAAAGCCGGAUGAAGCGUGA